AUGGCCUUCUCCCACCGCCCAAGCUAUGCCCUCCCAGCCCUCAAGAAAUACUUCUCGCACAUCUCGCUCCCCGCACCGUACCAAAACAUCCUCUUACAAAACGCCACCCGCGAGCACCGCCACCACGUGGGCACGCUGAAGCCGGCGGAGCUGUUUGAGUAUUUGGUGCUGAGUCAGGGGAUUGCGAGUGAGGGGGGGAGCGGGGGGUCUUCGAUUCUGGCUGCUGGGAAGGAUGUGCUUGCUGGGGUCUCGAAGGUGAGUGAGAGUGAAGGUCGGGGCGAUCUGGAGGUAGAGAGGGUGAGGAGGUGGGAGGAUAGGGGGGCGAGUGGGGGACGAGGAGGCACGUGUACCCUCAACAACACGUUUUUUGGCACUGUUAUGCGCAGUUUUGGGAUGCGGGUUUUGUGUUCAGGAGCGAGGGUUGCGGCGACGGUGCUUGGGGGCGAGAGGUAUAGGUUUUGUGGGUGGAACCAUCUGAUUAAUCUGGUGGAGUUUGAGGGGAAGAGGUGGUUAGUGGAUGUCGGGUUUGGGGGCGAUGGCCCUGCGUGCCCUAUUGAACUUGCUGAUGGCAGGGAGGUUUCGUGGGGGGCCACAGGCAACACUCUGCGUCUCAUCUACGCCCCUAUCCAGGAAUUCGAAGACCCAAACCAGCGAUGCUGGAUCUUGCAACAUAGACAGGCGGGUAAGUCAGAGUGGGACGAUGUGUACUGCUUCACCGAGACGGAAUUUCUACCGCAAGACAUCGCAGUCAUGAAUUUCAAGACUACAGGCGAUGUAAGGACCAGCUUCUUCAACCACGUAGCGUUCUGCGGAUGUAAUGUGGUGGAGGAAGGAGAGGUUAUCGGGAAAGUUAACCUAGCGGGCGGGAAGUGCAAGAGGACGGUUUGGAGGGGAGGGAAGUGGGAGAAGGAGGUAUUGGGAACCUGUGAAAGCGAGGUUGAGAGGUGGGAGAUCCUUGAGAGGGUGUUUGGGAUCGUGCUUGGGGAUGAGGAGAGGAAGGGCAUUAGUGGGAUGGUGAGCGAGCUGAGGCGUAAGCCAAAGGAUGAUUAG